AUGAGUCGCAAGAUGUUUUCCGGUUCAAAUAGCUUUAUAGGACUCGAGGAAGCAAUUGAAGCAGUCAUAGCAGAUAGUGAUGAUGACUGUGCAUAUGAUUUGGCGAUAAUAUCACCUGAUCCCAGUGUCGUGACUGACGAAAAGGAAGGGUCUGAUAAGGAUAUGGUAAAAUUUACGUUGCCACGAGAUGUGCCCGGAAAUAUUGUGGUUUUGGUGCGCGAUGAAAGUACUUUGUCGAGCGACUAUGAUUCCAGUGACGAAGAACCAUUGGCCUCAAAACGAGUUCAUCGGCAGCCUAACAUUCAGCCGCGACAGCAAACUCUAGCCUGGAGAAAAUGUUUACCAUCAUAUACUUUUGGCCAUCAGCAUACGUCUGAGGUGCAAGAUAAACAGAAUGCUGUAAAGGAACAGCUUAAAGACCAUAAUCCCGUACAGAUUUUUAAAAAAAUACUGGAUGAAGAAGUAUUACAGCUUAUAUUAUCUAAUAGUAUUUUGUACGCUAAUCAAAACAAUAGACACUUUUUUCAACUUGAUUUACGAGACCUAAAAAAGUUCAUUGCUAUUUUGAUUUUGUCGGGAUAUCACAAAUUGCAUCGGGAAGCAUUAUAUUGGUCUCUGUAUGAGAACGUCGCAGUUGCGCUAGUUUCAAGAGCAAUGUCAAGGAAUAAAUUUCGUGAAAUAAAAGAUAUCUUCAUCUUGUGA